AUGAAUGAUAUCGAGAGAUUAAAACAAAGUACUGCUAAUGAAAGACAAAUGAGCGGAACAGCUACUGAAGAACAGCCUUUAUUUGUUGAAACAACUCAUUGUUCAGUCUCUUCAGGCAUCCCUUCAAAUCAGUCAAACUCGAUGUCCGAUUGUGUCGACAAUAAGGCGUUUAAAGAUUAUUUAAAUUUGCAAAAGUUUUCUAAUGAUUUUGAGAACUCAUUUCAGAGUUUUGUUUCCGAAACCAAAUUCAAGCAAAAGAGAAAUGAUUUGCAGUUAUUUGUGAAGACGACUAUCAAUACGAUAUCGUGUGAAUCGGUUGAACACAUUAGAGACAAAUUGAAUCGUUUGACACAAUUAUUGAGUGAGAAGAACGUCGAAUACGGAGCAAAACAAAUGAAAUGUUGUGCAAACGACGGCUCUCUUAAUUUCUGCAUUAGUCUGACCUCUAAAAUGUUUGUCAGUGUCUGCACUAAACAGAAAGACAUCGCACUAACAAUGGCUCCAAUUGUUGUACUUUUAUGGCAACGGUUUCCCACAUUUGGAAAGAUAUUUAUGGCCCAAAUGCAUGAUAAGUGUCCAUAUCUGGUGCCCUAUUACCCAAAACGUGACACCGAAGACAAUGCGGACAAUGAGAGCAAAUAUAUGAUUGCUUGUGGCUAUACGAUAGCCAAAGACGGAACUCUAGAACCAGAGGACGCUUUUCUCAAUAGAAUGCGAGCAAUGAUUAAACUGUAUUCGGCUGUCAUUCAGUCCAAUGUUGACGACAAUCAUCCGCACGGCUUAAUGUUUGCCUGGAUUUGGAUCGCAAGGACUUUAAACUUGAAGCCCCGGCCGGCCAUCACUGCAGCCGUUUUAGAUUCAUUUCUUGGCAUUUGUUCGCAUAAAUUAUAUCGUUAUUACGGCAAACAAUUUGUCAAAAUAAUUGAUUUCAUAUCUAAUGACUAUAUGAAACGCAUUGAAAAUGUCACCACAAAAGAGACUAAACGUCAGUCUUUAGUGAAACUUGAGAUGACUGUCGCAGACAUGAAGAGAAAGUUGAGUAGAAAUGCGAAUCAUAGAGAUAUGGCGCCGGACGGCAUAAUACCCGACUUUUUCUUCGAAAAAUUAAAGGCUUAUAUAAGUAAGGAGUCGUCGAACUCCUCUUCCUUGGGUUCGUGUUGUUGGGCUGCGAUCUUCUUUAGCGUCUUAUUUAUACAGUCUUGUAGUGACUCAACAGCACCCGAAUCCAGAGCCGAUAAACACGCGUUCAAUACUUCGUCACCGGAUCUGAGUUUGAGGAACGCCACUAAAGCGUGUUCUGAAUUCACUCUAACCAUUGAAUUCUUCUCUUUCGUUCCGUUCACCAGAAGUGGUACUAAUGUCUUGAAGAGAACCGAUGGAAACGAUCCGUCACUCGAUUUAGCGAUAAAUGUGGUCGAAAUGGCGACCUCUUUAGUGAAACUUGAGAUGACUGUCGCAGACAUGAAGAGAAAGUUGAGUAGAAAUGCGAAUCAUAGAGAUAUGGCGCCGGACGGCAUAAUACCCGACUUUUUCUUUGAAAAAUUAAAGGCUUAUAUAAGUAAGGAGUCGUCGAACUCCUCUUCCUUAGGUUCGUGUUGUUGCGCUGCGAUCUUCUUUAGCGUCUUAUUUAUACAGUCUUGUAGUGACUCAACAGCACCCGAAUCCAGAGCCGAUAAACACGCGUUCAAUACUUCAUCACCGGAUCUGAGUUUGAGGAACGCCACUAAAGCGUGUUCUGAGUUUACUCUAACCAUUGAAUUCUUCUCUUUCGUUCCGUUCACCAGAAGUGGUACUAAUGUCUUGAAGAGAACCGAUGGAAACGAUCCGUCACUCGAUUUAGCGAUAAAUGUGGUCGAAAUGGCGACCGUUUGCUUCACUUCAUUGCUCUGUUUAGAAAUGACAACAAAAGCAAACCCUUGCGAAGGCUGUGAGAAGUAUUUGCGGAGGAAUUUGGGAUUUGACCAAAUAUUGUUUGAUGAGAUAUGCGGACCCUUUGAUGCCAUUGAUCACAAUCUGAACUCUAUCUGA